UAUAUAUCAGUAGAUGGCGCAAGGCGGAGUCUCCAGCGUAGUUCACCGGCGGCCAUCUUGUGACGGUCAACUAUUCUGGUACGUUCUAUGGUAGCUGUUGUAAGGUGAGUGAUCUGCACAAACAAAAAUACUCUUAACUCGCUGAAAUCUUGACGGAUUUACAAACGGUUUUGUUUAUUACACACGUUAUUAACGUGGCUAUGAUUCAGGAUGCUUGGACAUGUUGAAAUUGCAGCUUUUCUGUUCGAAAAACGACUUAAAAAAUAAGAACUACGCCUACCAGUGAAGAUGCCUGACUUUUGUGCAGCCUACGGAUGCUCUAAUCGCCGUAGUCUCAAAACGAGAACCCGUGGGAUCACCUUUCACCGGUUUCCCAAAACCGGAGAGAGGAAGAGGCAGUGGGAACUUGCCCUAAGAAGGGAUGGUUUUGUUGCCUCUGGCAGGACAGUGCUCUGCAGUGAGCACUUUAGGAGUGAGGAUUUUGACAGGACGGGGCAGACUGUCCGGCUUAAAGAUGGUGUUGUGCCAACAAUUUUCAACUUUCCAGCUCAUCUUCAAAGGCCGAUAGCAACAAGAAGCACAACCACUGCUAGAAGAGCGGAAGACAACCUGCCAAUGGACUUGUCUCAGGAUGAACCUCAGCCUGAUGUUCAACAGGGAGCCACUGGAGAGAGGCGAAAGAGCCGCAAGCGGCAGGCCACUGACCACCUAUACGCAUUGCCUGCUUGCCCCAAGGCUAUAAAGGCCAAACUCAAAGAAGCCUCAGCGAGAGUGAGGAAACUGCAGGAAACUUCUGCAUCGAGUUCAGAUGCUCUGUCCUCCUGUCUGCAUCGAGUUAAUAAGAUGCUCUGUCCUGUAAGAUGUUCUGUCCUGUCUACAUCGAGUUCAUGA